CCUCUCCCUUGGCCCCUUGGUAGCUGGAUCGCGCUUCGGCUUUCCAGCCUGUGCUUCUCGCUACCGCUUCGCUCCUCUGGCUUUCAGCGGUCCUCAUUUGCACGCCUUUUUAAAGGGUCCCAGUUGCCCUCCGCCAGGUCCUGCAGAAAGGAAGUGGGGGUCCUGGACUUCGUGGGGAUCGCGAUGGUUUUCGUUCGGAUCCGAGAGGCCAAGGAAGAAGACUGUGGAAAUAUUCUGAGGCUGAUUCGGGAACUAGCUGAGUUUGAGGAACUCGCGGAUCAGGUGAAGAUCUCUGAAGAAGACUUGAGGGCAGACGGCUUUGGAGAGAAUCCGUUCUAUUACUGUUUGGUAGCAGAGAGUCUUCCCAGCCCCGGGGAGCCACAGGGAUCCUGUCUGGUGGGCUAUGGGCUGUACUACUUCAUUUACAGCACAUGGAAGGGACGCAGCAUUUAUCUGGAAGACAUCUAUGUUAAGCCGGAAUACCGGGGUCAGGGGAUUGGUUCCAAAAUAAUCAAAAAAGUUGCUGAGGUAGCCUUGGAUAAGGGCUGCUCCCAGUUCCGCCUGUUAGUCUUGGACUGGAACAAGAGGGCUAUGGACUUGUACAAGGUUCUAGGAGCCCAAGAUCUGACUGAAGCAGAGGGCUGGCACUCCUUUAGCUUCGAAGGAAAGGUGAUGAAGAAGUUGGCAGAAAAGUGACGCCAUCCUUCGGGGAUCUCGCCCAAUAUGAGUUUAUCCUUCCUCACCAGCUUGAGCACUCCUUAGAGACCACCUCCAUUUCUAAAGACCUCCCUGAAGGAAGAAGAAUUAGGGGUGAACGUUCCCAAAGUACAGAAAGAGCAGAACUGAAGGAAAAGUCUUUCUGCCUGCUUACUGAGGAUGAAAAAUAAAUGAUAAUUCCUAUGUCCUGA